AUGCAGCUCGAGCCUGCAGCUGACUUGAAACCAAAUCCUAAAGGUGAUACGUAUGAAAAUGGAUUAUUCUUAUCCUCACAGCAAGAAUUGGAAGAUGAGAUAGAAAGCUAUAGAAAAGAUAGAUUGAGUCGUCGUUUAGGAUUCAUCUACAAGAUCAGUUUUGCAUUUCAUGAUUAUGUAUGGGAACCACUUGUCACGAUUGGAAGAUUUGUGGAGUUGACAAUCAUAUUCCUGCCUAUUGUUAUCACUCUUCCUAUUAGUUGGUUUGGUAAAAAGAAAAACAAUACAAGAUCUGGAUCAAUCUUUUGGUAUAAAGUGUUGAGGUUCAGCUUGGAAACUGCAGGUGCUUCAUUCAUCAAACUGGGCCAAUGGGCUGCUUCAAGAACUGAUAUUUUCCCUCAAGAAUUAUGUGAUGAGUUGGGUAAUUUACAUUCAAAUGCGAAAAAACAUCCAAUUAGAUACACAAAGAGAAUUUUGAGCCAAUCUUUUGGAGGACUACCAUUUGAUGAAAUCUUUGAAGAGUUCAAUGAAGAACCAGUUGGUGUUGGUGCAAUUGCACAAGUUUAUUUGGCUACAUUGUCCAAAAAAUUGAUUGAAAAUAUUGAUGAAUUUCAACCUGUUAAAAAGAAGAAGAGAUCAUUUUUAGGAUUACCAUCACUUGCAAGUAAUGAUUCCCCAUCUCCUAAUCAAAAAGUUGCUAUAAAAGUUAUUCAUCCAAAUGUUGCUACCAAGAUUAAAAGAGAUUUGAAAAUUAUGAAUUUUUUCGCUAGUGCAAUUGAUAUAAUACCCACCAUGGAAUGGUUAUCAUUACCUGAUGAAGUUCAAAACUUUGACACGUUGAUGAACUUGCAGUUGGAUUUAAGAAUUGAAGGGUUGAAUCUAAACAAAUUUCAAGAAAAUUAUAAGGAUGAUUUAUUUGUGAAUUUCCCUACACCAUAUUUGAAGUUUUCAAAUAGAUCAAUCCUUGUUGAAGAAUAUAUAAAUGGAUUAUCAAUGUCAAAGAUGUUGGAGUUGAAGAAUUCAAAACAGUUGAAUGAUGAUGUCUCAAAACAAUUAAGUGAUAAAGUCAUAGAUUCAUUUUUACAAAUGUUGAUCUUGAAUAAUUUCAUUCAUUCUGAUUUACAUGCAGGUAAUAUUUUCAUUAGAUUUGUGAAGCCAAAUGAACUACAAACUGAAAUUAUAUCUAAUGACUCAGAGAGGGAUGAAAUCUCUAGAAACUUGAAGAAAGUCCAAAAGGAUAACUCACAGUUAUCAAAAGAAUUGAACAAAUUACAUGCAGAUGGUUAUCAUCCAGAAGUUUGUUAUAUAGAUGCCGGUUUAGUCACCGAACUAAAUGAGAAAAAUAGAGUCAAUUUCAUUGCAUUAUUCAAUUCAUUGGCAGAAUUUGACGGUUAUAAAGCUGGUGAGCUAAUGAUUGAAAGAUCUAAAACCCCCGAAACUGCAAUAGACCAAGAAAUAUUUGCAUUAAAAGUUGAAAGAUUAGUGGACAAGAUCAAACAACGUACAUUCACUUUGGGGACUGUUAGUAUUGGUGAUUUAUUAGAAAAGAUGUUGACAAUGGUUAGAUCCCACCAUGUUAGAAUGGAGGGUGAUUUUGUUAGUGUUGUUGUUGCUAUUUUAUUACUUGAAGGUAUUGGGAGACAAUUGGAUCCAUCCUUGGAUCUUUUUGCAAGUUCGUUACCUAUCUUGAGACAAUUGGGAUUCCAAGAUGGAGGUGGAUUGAUCAAUGAUGGUGAUAAAUUGGCCAUGUUCAAAGUUUGGUUAACUUUGGAAGUUAGACAGUUUAUUAACCUUAGUGUUCAAGAUAUUUAUAAAUUGGUCAAGUCAGAUGGGUUGUGCCCAAAUUAUUAG